AUGUAAAAAUUUUAUUUUCAUAACGAGAAACAGAAAAUGAUCACUUUUGUUAAUUAAGAAGGCGAUUAUAACAGGAAAUAAUAUUUUUACGCUAUAUGUCUAGAAUCUAGAAUUUUAGUUCAGUGUGUUGUUUUACCAUAGAUCUAAUAUAGUAUGGCCACAGUAUAGAAAAUACUAUUGUAUGGUUUUACACCGAUUUGUUGUAAUACUGUGCAGUAUAUAAAUAAUCGAAAAUAUCUCACAAAAAUCAACAUUCGUUAAGUACCUAUAUAGUUUAUAAUUUAAUUGCAGAUUUAAAUUAACUUAAACCAAACACUAAAUCUAAAUUUGAGGUUAAUUACGUACAAAUUUUAAAAUAUGGAUCAAAUAACAGCAAAGAAAUUGUAUGCCGAAGGUGGGAUUUUUGUAUUUCUAGAGGUUCCUGAGGGAACCGAAUUUGGGAUUGACAUGAAGUCCUGGAAUACGGGUGAAAAAUUUCGAGGAGUGAAAAUGAUACCACCGGGACUCCAUUACAUAUUUUAUAGUGCCGUAUCUGACACUGGAGAUACAUCUCCAAGGACAGGCUUUUUCCAUAAUUUCAAAAGAUCUGAAGUGAUAGUGAAAAAAUGGGACAAGAAAAACGAAUGUAUAAGUUCUGAAAGUGUAAGCGAAGCUGAAGUUGUACAUUUCAAGGAUAAUAUUUUAGCCCUGGAUAACUUUCUAGGACCCUACCCUUAUGAUAUUUGGGAGAAAUGGGUAAAUUUAACCUCGGAAAUUACAAGUGAUUUAGUGCAAAAGUUAACUCCCUGCUCCGGUUAUAUUCAGUCCGCAUUGGAACUAGAAUCUUGUAGCGAUGCUGAUAGACCGAGAGGUAAAAAAGGAGGCGAAACACAAGAUUGUUCUAGUUCUAAGAAAGCAAGGUUAUCCGGUGAUGCCGAAGAAGGUUUCUUACCAAAUCUAAAAGCAAAACAAGGCACCGAACUGAGAUUUACACCCUUUCCUGAAAGAAACUACCCAGCAGGUUCUACCCCUGCAGAAAUUACACGACAUUCUUUAGAUUCUUCAUUCUUGCUAGAUACCAUGAUAGCAAACUAUUCAAAAUCCACAGAGUUGUUGGGAGAGUUGGAGUUUUGCUACGUGUGUUUUUUAGUCGGGCACAGCCUGGAAGCUUUCGAGCAAUGGAAAAAGUUAUUUAGUUUGUUUUGUUCUUGUGAUACGGCCGUGAAAAAACACAGAAAACUGUACGAUUUGUUCGUUUCGGUGAUCGAGAUACAGGUUAAAGAAAUCCCUGAAGAAUUCCUAGCGGAUAUAGUGUCAAAUAAUAACCUCGUGUAUACGAAGCUGAGGAAUUUGUUCCGAGCCGUACGGAAUUCGGAUGUCGACGGGCAACUGAAAGCUAAGCUCAGUAGGUUCCAAAAAAAUUUAACGGACUUAUACCAGUGGGACUUUGAACAUUUGGAUUCUGAUGAGGAGGAUGAAGCGCCCGUUAUAGUGGAGACAUGAAUUGAUGAUAAAGAAACUACAGGAAGAAAUCCAAUUGUGCAAAAAACUUAAAAUAUUACAGCAAAUCAUUUUACAAGAUCUUCGAAGACUGGUUUUAUGGAACGAUUUAUGUAAAUAUUGUAUAGAAAAUAAAAGUUUUAA